GAGGCAGCAGUAAACCAUCAGAGCCUCAUCAUGAAGGUCCAUCACACUCUGAUCUGCUUCUUCUUCCUCUCUCUGCAGGACGGAAACACUGACGUCAACCUGGAGAAAAAUAUUUCCUAUGGAGUCAGUGGAAGGAAUCUUACAGCUGUAUUCCCCUUUGCUGCAGGAACCUGGAAGAUGUUCUGCAGAGAAAAAUGUGAAGGAGAAAAUAUUCUGAUUAAUACAACUGAUGACACUCAUCAAAGAGGCAGAUACAGCUCUGGAUUUAAAUCUGAAGAUGGAGCUCCUGUUUUGUCUGUGAGCAUCACAAUUCUGAUCCUGUCUGAUGCUGGACAGUACAGGUGUGGUGUGGGUGGAGCUUCAUCAUCAUACAGACAGUUUGAAAUCAUUGUUGCUGAAGCACUGCUGGAUGGAAACGAUGAUCAGAGAAAGAAACACUUCUAUAAAGAAGCUGGAAGCUCGCUCACAGUCGGAUGUUCCUUUAAAGACUCUGGAAGCAGAAAGUCGUUCUGUAGGGGAGGAUGUGGAGGAGACGAGGUUCUUAUUCAGACACAGGAUGAAGAUGCUCACACAGGCAGAUACAGGAUUGGAUCUAGAGGGUCUUCAGGAGGAGGAGUAAUUCUGUAUGUGAGCAUCACACAGCUGAGCAGCUCUGACUCAGGACAGUACAGAUGUUCUCUGGAUCAAACUUCAUUCAGAGACUUUGAGAUCACUGUCACAGAUGUCGUCCCAUCAGCCUCCACACCGUCACCUUCAUCCACCUUUAGUGGGACUACUGAGCAGUCUAAGAAAACACCUGCAGAUGUGUCGCUGUACGUGGGUCUGACUCUGGCUGCCGCCAUCAUCCUGUUAUCAGUGGCUCUGCUGAUAUUCUGCAAGAAAAGAUCUUCUAAAGCAAACGAUCGUCCUGUGGAAACAGAUUACGCUGCUGUCUCAGACGCCAACAUCGUCUAUGAGGAAAUCAGAGACGAGGACAGACAGAACGGAGCUCCUCCUGUGGAAAUCACAUCACUUUAUGCUUUGGCCAAAUACACCAAAACAAAUGAGGCUGAAACCACUGAUGACUACAGCGUGAUCACUGCAGCCCCAUCUGAGGACAAAGACGACCCAAACAAGCUCAGGAACUGUGAGCUGAAUGGCUCAAAAACAGAGGUCGGCUCUCCCAGCAGCGCCUCCUCUGAGCCUCAGAUGAGACCAAGUUCUGAUCCAAGCCCGUCUGGAGGAAAUCCCCUGUACUCUACUCUGACCUAGCUUCUUUCUGCUGCUGCUGGCAUAAAUAUGAGAGAAUUUUUUAUGCAACAAUGUGACAUCAGACUGUCUUUGCGUUUAUAACAUUAUAACAGCUGCAGGUCAUCUCUGCAGCUGCAGACAUUAUACAUUUGUAGAAAAACGCAGGCAGAGGUUUGUUUUAGAAAAGGCUUUCUGCGACUCAGGCUUCAGCAGGAUUUACCAAACUGAAACUGCUCAAAGUUUCAUGUUUUACACAUUCAUGCGCUUCAGUCUGACUCCUGAGUGAUGCUCAACCUUUACACUGUUUUUGUAUAUCAGAGAAGCUCAGACAGAAUUUAUUAUUAACGUUUAUUUAUUAUUAUUAACAUUUAUGAAUAAAUGUUCAACCUUUUACAGUGAAGUGGAGACUUCUGUCUGCACUGUCUGUCAGUGCAAUACACACACACACAUACACACACACACACACACACACACACACACACACACACACACACACACACACACACACUUGUUUUCAGGCAGAUGCAGGAACCUGUUAUUCAUACCUGAGUGUGACUCGUGUUGUUUAUUGUACAUUUACAGAUGUGGACAAAAUUAUAUAUUUUUUUAUCAUUUCAUUGUUUCUCUUUGCUUCU